GGUCAGGUGAACGAGACCCACAGCGUGGGACCCACUAACUUAUCCAGGUCAGCAUUGGUACAAGAGGACACCGAGCCUUGCCCCGAGCCGUGCAGCACCCGAGCCCAUCCUCCCCCCUCCCCCCUCCCCGACCGUUGUUGUUCUUCUUCUCCGACGGCGACGCGUAGCAACGCCGUUUCGGGCCGCGACCUAGCAAUGUCGAGCUCCGCUUCAGCCUCCCGCCGCUCAUGGCCGCGCUAUGGCGCAGUCCCCAUGACAAGGUGCCCUGCAUGCCCACGUAUCUCACCCCUGAAGCAGCUAGUCACAACGACCGACAAGAAUGGCAACCUUGGGCGGGAAUUCGUGAAAUGCGAGAGCAAACCAGAGCAGGGAAAGAAAUUGAAGCAAUGCACCCAUUUUGAGUGGCUAGAUGAGUACAUAGAGCGGAUUCAACUGGAGGGUGUAUCAAGGGAGCUCGAUUUACCGUUGGAGGCGGAGAAGUUGGGCGUUUGGAUCGGGCGCGUCUGGAUCUGCCCAUUUCAUUGGGGCUACUGUGGGGGAUGCAGGAGUGACGGCAGAGCUGAAGAAGCUGAACAAGCAGAUGAAGAAACUCAUCGAAUUGCAGAAGCAGGGCAAUUUGAUGGGGCUGAUGGCCGGACUUUUUUAUGUUUGUGUAAUUGCUCUCGCAUUUGUUUAUGUGAUGAUAAUUAGUCAUAAGUGAAUAGAUUGGGCAUCAUUUGUAAUCGUAAUGAUAUGUAUAUUUGAAUAAAAGUGUUGCGCUGUACGAA